AUCGCUGAGCUCGCGGAUCCGCGCCAAAGCGCUGUCCGAAGCCACCUCGGACUAUUCCCCCGGCCGCCCCCGCUCCCACAGCCAGGCGGAGUGCCCGUCCACGCCGAUAUUCCCGCCGCUGCUGACGAAUGCGGAUAUCCUGUGCGGCGGCACGGUGCUGAGGAUCGUAUCCCACAUGCCCUGGGAGGCCGGGAAGCUGCUCUAUUGCAUCGAGUGGAAGCCCCACGAUGUCGACGUCGCCCCGCUGUUCUGGUGGGUCAAGUUGUCCGGCAUGCAGUUCCACAGCGCCCUUGUGAACGAGUACCAUCACAGACAUGCACUCGACCCGCCGCGGUGGCCGAAUAAGCGGCGAGUGCGGUCGUCGGCGAGCUUGGGGGUUAGGGAGAUUAAGCGCGCGCUGGAGGAGCGCAGGUUGCAUCUCACGCUGCAUGGAGUCGCUGAGGAGGACACGGCGAGGGAGCUGGCCGAUGAGAGGUGGAGGAUACGCGAUGAGUGGCAGCAUACCGGCCGUGGAUGGGGCUGCGCCAAGGAAAUUGUCCAGAGGAGACGGAAGGAGUGGAUGGAGGCCGAACAUGAGGCCAAGACCCCAUGUGACAACGAGGAAGAGGUCGACCAGCCCACGGAGACGGAAGCUAGGAUGCCCCUUGGUCUCGUUAAGCAGCAUUCCGAACCGAUCCUGCGGUCAAGACAGAGGUUCGAUGCACAGGACGAGCUGGAGUGGAGGGAACAUUUUGGUGGGAUCAUCUCAGCGGCUGGUCCUAAGGGGGGCAGCGUCGUCUCGCUGCAGCAGCAGUUACUGCCCCGAGGAAGCUGCGCGAAUCAGCCGCUUUCGAAGGUUGUCUCGACGCUGGUGAGAACCCACAAACGACCCCCUUUAUACGCUGCCCUGGUUGGUCGUGGCGGCGGCAGCGGCGGCGGCAGUGCUUCGACCUUACUGUUAUUUAACGGAGCGCCUUCCGUUGAUUCUAGUAAAUCUCUUGGCAGCAGCGGAGGGAAGGGGAUAUUUGCUAGCUUGCUGGAUGCUUUGAAUUGGAGUCUGUGGGGAAGACGUCAGGAGGCUGGUACAGCAUCGGACGCAACAUGCGUAACCCAGGGCCUCUCCACCGCUGGGGAAUCUCCAGCAGUUGGAGACCUGGAUGGAGCUCCACGGUCAGAAUCCGGACAGCAGACAGAGGGCUUUUCCGGAUCAUCUCCAAUUGACAUGACUGCUCCAUUCGAGGUCACUCGCUCGCAAACCCCCAAACAAAUCGAUUCCCUCUACUCAUUCCCCGGGUAUGAAGUCUUCGGGUCUCGGUCCCUCAGCACCCCAUCCUUCCAGUACAAACCAUCGCCUUCCGUCUCGGUUGAGAAAGUUCCAUUGCGCACGCAAACCCCCAAUCAGCAGCAGCCGUCCGACCCUUCCGCGCAUCAGCACCAUCACCAUCACCACAACCACCACCACCACCACCACAAACACCACCACAACAAACACCAACAGCCCACCAGCAAGAAGUCAAAAGAGCCGCUUGCCGGCCUGGACGUACAGAAGGAAGAAGCAGUGCAGAGGAAAGUAGCCGUGCGCAAGGAGCCGCUCGAAGUCCACGAAAGCGAGCUGUGGCUCGACGGCGUUGGCUCGCCGUAUCCAAGGCCGGACUCAAGGGUCCUAAUACGCCGUAAUCAUCUGCGGCAGAAGUGUGUUGGUUAAGUGCUAUUGAGGUUGGCCGUUGGCCGCUGGCAAGCUCGUCGAGUCCUGGAGCAUGAUGGAUGGGUGUGCGCUACGGAAUGGCAGUGUGUGUAGUGUAGUGAGGGGCUACCUGGUUGGUUAGCACUCACUUUUCUUUUCUUCUUUUUCUUCUUCUUUUGAGUCUCGGAACUUGGAAGGCAAGGCGUGCAUAUAAUUUUUAGCAGUAGUAGUAGUAGCAGCAGUAGUAGUAUGCCCUGCUUGAAGGAGUUCUGCGGCCUGCGGGACGGCACUGCACUGUAGGCACCGUGAUGCCUGGAGUGCCUGGAUAAUAGGAAU